AUGUCGUUCUCCAACGCCACCAACGGCGUUACCACAAUCGUCAUCCCGUCGGGCGUGCAAUACGCCGGCAACAUGAACGUCAAACUCUUGCCCCCUCCGGUCGGUGUGAUUUGCACAAUCGGCCACUCGCCCCGUACCACGGCGCGUAUGACGGGUUCUUGCAACCCCCGGAACGCAACGGCGGGCCCCAUCAUCUGCUGCAACUGA